AGGGAAUUCACGCGAGCAGGAUUUGUAAACACUGGAGAACACUGUUCCCGGUGGUCUGUCCCACGCUGUUGACAUGGAGGGCGAGUUCACGCAGUCCCUCACCCCACCUGUGUCUCCUUCUGCACUGGAUCAUUACUGUGAAUCUGCUCCCAGUCGGCCCCCCUUCUUCACAUGCACUUACGAACAAGGCAGAGAAGAGGCAGGAAGACUCUCAUCAAAUGGCUACAUCAGCAGAGGAGCUCUGAAGAGGCUGCUGUUAAAGCUUGAUCCAGCUCCUGCAGAUUUUGAAGGGGACACAGUUGAUAUUUUCAACUUUCCAUGGGUGACAGAAACAGCGCUUGUUGAAUCUACCAAACUUCUGUUUGGCUUGUUCAGACAAAAGGUGUUAAAACUGGAGACGCUUGUGCAGUCCAGCUCACAUGAUUUUGGUCAAGCGAGCAGUCAUCAUUACGAGGCAGAGGAACUGAGACAGCAGUGUGCACUUUUCCUCAGCUAUGUGAAAGUCUUCAUUUACAGGUUUUUGGAGCCUUCACAAUCCCUAGAUGAAGGUCCCGUUCACCCUUAUAAAGAAUUGGAGGCUCAGCUGCCCUCUGUUCUGGUGGAAGAGCUAUUCAGUAUCACACUGCUUAUUGGAAGACUCAAAGAUCUACCAGCCAAUGUCCAGAGUGCUUUUACGAUUCAGCAUCAUGGCAAGCUCUUUCCUCCAUCUUGGCAAUUACUGCAUCUACACCUAGACAUCCACUGGUCUGUGCUGGAGAUCUUGCACCUGUUGGAGCAAAGGAUGAUGAGUCAGAUAGUUUACGCGCACCAGUUCAUGAAUUUGACAGGAGAAACACUCACCAACAUUAGUCUUUUUGAGGACCAAGUCAACAACUUACUCUGUGAUCUCAUAGGCCUGGCCAUGAACAAAUACAAUAAGGUGAGACCAACAGAGACUCUAAACACCCAUCACUAUUACUGCCUUUGCACUAAGGAAUUCUGGAUUUUACUCAUCCGUGUACUGGAACACAGGAGCAAAACCAUACACACUCAGUCUUUUUGGAGUUAUGUGAAUGCCCUGCUCCAGACUAUACUAAAGGCAGCACCGUCAGGAGACCGUGACCCUAGGCUCCCCAUGCACUGUAAAGACCCUGAGGGGUUCACCUGGUGGCUGCUCACACACCUGGCCCAGCUUGGAAUGCACAAUCGUAACGGAAACGUUCAACAGCAGAAACAACUUGAGGAUAAUUGGAGAUUUGUAAUUGAGCUGCUGAAGUCUAGCUGUGAUCCAAAGAAAUCCAUACAGGAAGAGCAGAUUCGAAUGGUAGUUCAUUGCUGCCUCAGUCUCAGCCUGAUAUGGGGCCCGAACAUCAGUGCUGUCACAACACUCUGGGAAUAUUACAGCAAAAAUCUGAAUGCCUCUUUCACUGUGCCCUGGUUGGGUGUUUCAGGGCUGGGCAGUGUCAGCAGGACUCCCCUCUGUCUGUUGCAGCAGGCUAAAAGCUGCUGUAGCCCUGCAUCUAUCAGCUCCAGCAUUCACAUGCAGCUUUACCACUCAACAAACUCCUUCCAUAUCUUCCUGCGUAUCUUGGGACUUCACCUGAGCCAGGAACAUGCUGGUGGCAUCCCUUGGAGACAGAUCAAGGGCAGACUCUAUUCAAAGUUCCACCAGAGGCGUAUGACGGAGCUCUCUGAAUCAGGCCUGCUGCACUUCCUGCUGCUCUUCCUGGUCCUGGCGCAGUGUGCCGAGCUGGAGGACGUGACCAGCCGAGCAUGUGACUUGCUUGCCAUGCUGCCUGCUGAUUCCACACCCCCAGCUAUGCGUGCGCUGCAGUGGAGGGGCCAGCUGGCUCUCGUUCUGCUGUAUUUGGAAAAGGGUCUAGACGCUGGCCCGUUGGCUGAGCAAUUGGCCGCCUACUUCAGCCAAGCGGCCCGCGAGUUCUACCUGAAGACCACAGAGCCGCAUCGCAAGCUUGCUCUCUGGAUGCCACUUAGCUCAUACCUGGAAGGGGUGAGUGAGGUGUUUGAAACAAGCCCUAAUCUUACUCUGUCAGAGGAGAAGCUUCUGAACGAGGGCUUUGGACUGCUGCUGCCCGCCUGCCGCCAGUCUGAGCUCAGCUCUGCUUUGGGCUUCCUGCAGACCGUGUUGGCGCAAUUACGGAGAGUACACCAGCGCAGCGGCCAGCUUUCUCAAUCCGUAGACUCUCUUGGUUGGGCUCCUCUCCCCAGGGUGGCUAAAGAGCGCCACCACGCGGUGGCAGAGGCACUCUGGUCUCACUUCUUCCCAUUCCUGUGCAGCAUGAGGCUUUCCCAGACCCCCCACCCCCAGCUAGCGGAUGCCGCAGCAGGCUUCACACUUUUGGCAUUAGACAUGCCUGGCUCUGCCCCUCAAAACCUAAAGUCCCACCCCAUCCAGUCAAUCAUGCAAAGCUUCGGUUGGGACGAGAUGAUCCACCCUCUGCUGGUAACCCACUAUCUAAAUCACCUGCUGCAAAAUGGAGAGCUGGUCAGUUGGGUCAGCUCUGGACCAGGAUCAGGUUCGGCCCAGGCUUUGUGUGUGCGUGCUUGGAUCCGCUGUGUUCUACAACAAUAUCUCCAUAAAAGCCAAGAUACCCCAGAUACAAGAGCAGGCAAAAAUCUGGAUGUACAGCUGGCCGAGUUAACAAGACAGGUCCUCCGGCUUCCAGAAGUGGAGUCCAUGCUACAGAGAACAGGCCUACAAACAGCUGCUGUCAAAGAACCCAAACUGGCAAUGGCAAUAUUCGUCAAGGCUGUGGGUCGAUCAUACUCUGAGCUGCAGCUCCUCUCUGAGCGUUCUAUGAUGGUGUCUCGGGCCCUGGAGUAUGUAGGAGACAUCCUCAAAUACAUUAAGCCCUACCUGCUUAACAAGAGCCGAGAGGGUCUACAGCUGUCCUAUUGCACCAUAGGCAGCAUGGUCAAGCACUGGAGCCAUCUGUUGGCCACCACCAAAGCUCAGCAGCUGCUUUUCCGCAUUGUAGAUGUGAUGCUACUGCCCCACGCUCUCUUCCAGCAGGACAGUGGCGCACACACUCAAAUGCUAUCAGCCCUCAAAGACAGCCUGCCUCUCUUCCUCCAGGGUUUAUCACUGGCGGUGGGUGUGUCCCAAUCUCAGGGGGCAUACCUGAAGCAGCAAUUGCACAGUGUCAUCUCCCAAUACCUGAGCCGCUUCCUCCCAGCCACGCCCUCUACUGGAGCAGUGGUCAAUCAUCCUGUCCUGCUGGCAGCCUGUGAACCAACACAUACCCCUCAGGGUGAAAGACUUAGGAGAAGCAUUCUGCAGGUGCUGAGAGAUAACUUCCUCCAGUUUAAAGGCCACGCCCCUCCCCCUCGACUGGCUGCCGUUCUGUGUUUCCUGUUGGAGCUUCUGAAAAGGAACAAUGACACAGACCCUGCCCUUCUUGCAACACCCCUCCCUUCUGUGCUGCGCAGUCUGAUGCUGGUCAACGAACCACAGGUAAAGAAACUAAGCACAGAGAUUACGCAGCUUAUUGUGGAGAGGUGCACAGCGUUAGGAGAGCAGCCAUGCGAACACACCACAACCAUUCUACGGGCCUUUGUGGAAGAGAAUGAGGGUGUUUAUGACCAGCAGGUGUAUAAUGUUCUUGAGGUUGUAGCAAUCCUUCACCCCUCCACAGUGACUGCUCUUAUUCCCUUUCUGUCGCUGAGUCUUAGAAAGACAGAGAGCAAGAGAGGUCUGGGAAAGAACUCCUCACUAAGGAAUGGCUACAGGAGGCUUUUGGCCCUGCUUGGAGACAGUGGCCAGGCUGAGAUGAUUAUUUUAGAAGAAGACUGACCUUAGCCUAAUGUCUGACUCCAGUGCCUGCAUAAACUCUCGAACCUCUACUGUACAAAAUGUAUAUAAUGUUUAGACGUAAGUGUAUCCAUGUCUAGAUUUUGUGAGAAGAAAACUAUUGUUUGAUUGAUUACCCAUCUAGGCAUGUAAUACAGUGCUGUAGUUUAGUGGUUCUCAACUGGUUUUGCAUUAUUGGUUUUGU